GCCGGUAUUAAUCCAAAAUAUAGUUUUGGCUCUCGUGCUGAGUGCAUGACAUAAACAAAACGCAUUGACAAUACGAAAAAAGCAUCAAUCUAGUAGUCUUAUUCAGCAAGUAGCUGUCAAAAAAAAGCAUAAAAAUGGCUGAUGAUGAAAUGGAAGAUGAAAAAGAGUAUCGCUGGGAGUCAGGAUACGAAAAAACAUGGGAGGCUAUCAAAGAAGAUGAUCAAGGCAUGCUGGAAGCCUCUGUGGCAGAUAUCAUUCUCAAAGCCAAAAGGAAACGACAACUGGAUAGAAAACAAGGUUCUCGUUUGGGAAUGAUGCGACAUAUGUACCUAAUUCUUGAUUGUUCUGAAUCCAUGACAAACCAAGAUUUAAAGCCCACCAGAUUUUUGUGUUCUAUUAAACUAUUGGAAGAUUUUAUAGAAGAAUUUUUCUACCAAAAUCCAAUUAGUCAGCUUGGAGUCAUUAUUACUAGAAAUAAAAGAGCUGAAAAAAUUACUGAUUUAACAGGAAACCCUAAAAAACCUAUUAAGGAUCUCCAAGCAUUACAGCAAACUUCAUUUACUGGCGAACCUUCAUUACAAAACUCUUUAGAACUUGCUUUGAAAACCUUGAAAAUGUUGCCUGCUCAUGCAAGCAGAGAAAUUUUAGUAAUAAUGGGUUCCUUAACAACUUGCGAUCCAGGUGAUAUAGGAGAAACAAUACAGACUUUGAAAGCUGAUGGAAUUAGAUGUAGUGUUAUUGGUUUAGCUGCUGAACUAAAUGUUUGUAAAAUAUUAGCUGUAAAUACUGGUGGUGAACAUGGCGUUGUAUUAGAUGACAAACACUUUAAGGAAAAAUUAACAGCACAUAUUGAUCCUCCACCAGCAGCUACAAGACUAGAUGCUGCAUUAGUUAAAAUGGGCUUCCCUCAUCAUGCAUUGCAGGCUUCUACAACAGAACUAUCUGUGGCUGUUUGCAUGUGUCAUGCUGAUCAACCAAAUGAAAAUGGCAGAUAUACAAACCCAGGAUAUUUAUGUCCUCAAUGUUUUAGUAAACAUUGUGAGUUACCUGUAGAGUGUAGAUCUUGUGGACUAACUUUAGUAUCGGCACCUCAUUUAGCCAGAUCAUAUCAUUAUCUAUUCCCCAUUCAACAAUUUCAAGAAGUAGAAAAUCGACAGAUGCAAACCAACUGUUACGCUUGCCAAAAAAGAUUUACAGAUGUUGAUAAAAAGGUAUAUAAUUGUGGAAAAUGCAAAAAGAUUUUUUGUGUUGACUGUGAGAUAUUUAUCCAUGAGUCUUUACAUACAUGCCCAGGAUGCGCUACUAAUACAGAUUUAACAAUGCAACAAAUAAGCAACAAUAAAUCGACGUAGCAAUAAUUUUUUAACAAUUGUUAUUAUUUAAUACUCAAUAUGAUGUAAUGCAUAUCUUGUAGUAUAGUCAUUAAAGAUCUAGAA